AUGAUCAUCGAUUGUCUCCGGCGGACAUUCGACUCGGGCAAGACUCUUCCGAUAUCGUUUCGAAAAGCUCAGUUAACACGGUUGCGUUUGCUACUGACAGAAAACGAACAAGAAAUCUGCGAUGCGGUUUUUAAAGAUAUUCACCGCCCUGCAUACGAAUGCUAUUUCUACGAAAUCAUGUUGGUUCUCAAUGAAAUUGAAGCUGCGUUGGAAGGAAUCGGCAAAUGGACCACUCCUCAAAAGGUGAACAGAAAUCUGAUGCAGAUUCUUGACUCGGCUUACAUCGUUAAGGAGCCGCUUGGGGUUGUGCUCAUUAUGUCCACUUGGAAUUAUCCAAUUAACCUCAUCUUUGCUCCUUUGGUGGGUGCAAUUGCGGCAGGCAAUUGCGUUGUUUUGAAACCAUCAGAAAUGGCGUCUUAUACGGAAAGUCUAAUCGGGACCUUGGUGCCGAAAUAUCUCGAUUCAGAUGUCAUUAAAGUUGUUAAAGCUGAUGCCGCCGCGACAGCUGAACUUCUGAAAGAGCGUUUCGAUCAUAUAUUUUUUACAGGGUCAAACAGGGUCGGCAAACUCGUACUUAGAGCGGCCAGCGAACAUUUGACACCAGUGACAUUGGAACUUGGCGGAAAAUGUCCCGUCAUAGUUACUUCUGAUUUCACUGCCAAAAUUGCUGCACGUCGAAUAGCUUGGGGAAAGUUCCUUAGUUGCGGCCAGACAUGUUUGGCUCCGGACUAUGUCUUAUGUGAGGAAAGCGUGAAAGCCGACUUGAUUCAAGGAAUCCAGGCAGCUGUUAAAGAUUUUUACGGCGCUAAUCCUCAAACAUCCGAAUACUACGCCCGCAUCAUCAAUAAAGAUAGCUUCGAGCGUUUGGUGCGCUUCAUUAAAACGAACAACGUAGUGUGCGGUGGCAGUUAUGUUGCAGAGGACCUUUACAUCGCGCCAACGAUCAUAGACAACGUCCGCCUCAGUGAUCCGAUAAUGCAAGAAGAGAUAUUUGGCCCCAUUUUGCCGAUAAUCUCCGUGAAGUCGGUCGAACAGGCGAUCGAAGUAGUCAAGAACAGGGAGAAACCGUUGGCGGUGUAUUUGUUCAGCAACACUUCUUCGGUGCAGAACAAAAUCAUGUCCGGCACGUUCAGUGGUGCCUGUGUUGUGAACGACAUAAUGAUGCACAUCGGCUUGGAGACGCUGCCCUUCGGUGGUGUCGGUUAUAGCGGUAUGGGAAAGUACCACGGAAAAUUUUCGUUCGACACUUUCAGCAACUCCAAAUCUGUACUGAAGCGACAUGAGCUUGGUGAGUUUAUACUAUGGAUGCGCUAUCCGCCGUAUAGCCAGUCAAAACAUUUCUGGGCGAAUCUUUUUAUUAAACGACAUCCGCUCUCUUUGGCCGCGAUCGUGCCACCAAAAUCGCCAUCUACGAUGCUGUGGUUUCGGAAUUUCAAGGGCGCUACAGAGACUCGAUUCCGUUUUCUGAACUAUACGAAAGCGUGA